CGAAGUGAGACGUUGUUUGUGUCUGUAUCGUAACCUAUUCCGACCAUGCUUGUUUUCGCUGGAUAUACUGCCUUGUGUUGCCUACUUUCCGUGUCAGGACGAACCAUUCAUUUACCACACACAUUCUCAGGAGAUAUUUUUCAUCAUGGUUUACAUGGCCAUACCGCCCACACGACACAUUUGACCAGUGGACUGUGGCAGUACCUUCUCAGUCAUUUCGGUCACAGUCAGCAUCAUCCCCACAGCCAUCAUACCCACAGUACAGACCAGGAAGUUAUAAAUUCGGAAGUUAACAUCACAUCCGGUACAAUAAAACCGGAAACACAACCGACUCAGGGUAAUGAAAUACCGGAAGUAUCGAAUACAGUACCAGGAAGUGGGAUACCAGAGGUUGGAACAGACCAAUCAGUGACCACAGGUAGCAUUGAUGAACGACAAAGUUUUGGCCGUUGGAAAGACCAGUGGCUGCUGAAUCAUCUGUCCACCUGUGGGGACCAGCCCAUUGAGCCUGUUUUCCCUACCAACAGAAUCAUCGGGGGAAGACAGGCCGUGGAUGGAAGCUGGCCCUGGAUGGUUUCUUUCUAUUCCAAAACAAUACGGCAGCAUGUAUGCGCUGGAACUAUUAUUGACAGCAAGUGGAUUGUCUCGGCAGCACACUGUUUUGUGGAAUUUCAGUUGAUAUUUCACCACAUACCCGACAUCAAGGACGAUCUCGAAGUGCGUGUGGGUUUAUACAAUAACACAGCAUCUACCGCGGACCAAUAUAUGCAAACCUAUCACGCAGAUCACAUUCUGGUACACCCUGAGUUUGAACUUGAUAUACUAGACAACGACAUAGCUCUGGUACACCUGGACACGCCCAUCAGCUUCACUGACCACGCCCAGCCCGUGUGUUUAUUCGGACAGGAUGCAAAAGGGGAGGACAAAUGUAUUAUUACAGGAUGGGGGCGGCAAAAAAAACCUGUUCCUGCAUCAGGUGGUUUACCGAAGCUUGACCCGUCGGCUUGGCCAAAUAUCCUUAAGCAAGCUGCAGUUCCUAUUCUUGACCACACAGACUGUGGCGAAUUGUACAUGGACAAACUGACCAGUCACAUGAUUUGUGCUGGAUACCUUGACGGACGAGUGGACGCAUGUAACGGGGACAGCGGAGGGCCUCUGCUCUGCCAACAAACACGGGAUGGACGAUGGUCACUUACAGGUAUCACCAGUUGGGGAGGUACGGACUACAAAGGUUGUGCGGAAGCGGAUCUGCCCGGAGUCUACACUAAAGUGUCGGGGUACUAUCACUGGGUCCUCGCCUCUAUGUAUUCCCUUCGGCGCCUUUAGAAACGCGAUCAGAUCCAAAAAUGUGCAUCUUGCUACUAUAACCCACGAACGAUGGAGACUUUUGUCUACUGAUCAUAUACAAAUGUAUGCAAUUUGUCAUUCUGAAGCAAGUAAACUAGUAUUUAAAUAUUGCCUGUUUUGUGAAACAUUCUAGUGUUUCGAGUUCUGUGAUAGUGUUGUUACCAGUAAUUAAAGCAUAUGGCUUAUAUAUCAUCGUAGGUGAAAAUAUUAAGAAAGCCAAACCAGAAAGACACUAUAUGUCAGAUAUACAUGUAGAUGUACUAGCGCGUGUCAGGUGGCCAUGGUUCACGGGGUACAUUCCAGCAACCUGUUAAUGAACGACGAAAUAAUUAUUGUGAUAAUCAAGUAAAUGUAUCGUGAAAAUUAUCAUGAUAGUGAAAUAAAAAGCAUGCCAAUUAUAUCGCUAUCACUUAAGCGACAAA